AUGCCAAGAAUAGAAGGACCCGCAUCAAGGAAGAGAAGAAUACUGGUAGCCGCAGCCAUUUCAAGAUUGCUGUAUGGGGCUGAAAUAUGGGCAGAGAGCCUUAGCACCUACACAACCGCCAGAGACAAGAUUAGAAAGGCGCAGAGAGGAGUCGUGGUAAGUUCCAACAGAGCUUACAAAAAUGUUUCAGGUAUAGCAGCGCUCAUCAUCGCGGAGAUGAUACCGGCCGACCUCUUCACAGAAGAGAAAAGAGAGAUUUACCACGACCGAAUAGACAAGAAAGAAGCCCGAGAGAAGACCAGAAGAAAAUGGACAGAGGAAAUACGAAAUCACAGAGGCGCCAGAUGGACGAAGGAACAGAUACAAGACCCGUUGAAAUGGAUGGACCGGGCACAUGGAGACCAAGAACACGAAACCGUCCAAUUCCUGAGUGGGCAUGGCUGCUUUGGGACCUAUAGGAAGAAAAUAGGAAAGAGUAACAGCAAUGUUGAAACUGCCAAGGACUAG